GCCUCCGCCUCCGCCAUGGCUCUGCCGCUGCCCGAGGGCGCCGACGAGCUGCCCGCCGCCUGCCUGUCGCCGUGCGGGCCGCCCAACCCGGCGGAGCUGUACUGCGAGGCGCAGCGCCUGGCCCUGGAGGAGCUCGUGGCGGGCGGCCCCGACGCCUUCGCGGCCUUCCUGCGCCGCGAGCGCCUGGGCCGCUUCCUCAACGCCGACGAGGUGCGGGCCGUCCUGCGCGCGGCCCAACGGCCCGGCGAGGAGGGCGCGGCGGCGGGCGCCGAGGACUCGCUCGCGGCGUCGCUCGACUGCUCGUCCGGCACCUACUUCCCCGACCUGUCGGACCUGGAGCCGCCGCCGCUGGAGCUCGGCUGGCCCGCCUUCUACCAGGGCGCCUACCGCGGCGCCACGCGCGUCGACGCGCACUUCCAGCCCCGCGGCGCGGGCCACGGCGGCCCCUACGGCUGCAAGGACGCGCUGCGCCAGCAGCUCCGCUCCGCGCGCGAGGUGAUUGCAGUGGUCAUGGAUGCUUUCACUGACAUUGACAUCUUCCGAGACCUGCAAGACAUCAGCCGGAGAAAGGGUGUUGCUGUAUACAUCCUUCUGGACCAGGCUCUGCUCACUCAGUUUUUGGAAAUGUGCAUGGAUUUAAAAGUUCAUCCUGAACAGGAAAAGCUGAUGACAGUUCGAACUAUUACUGGAAAUAUCUACUAUGCCAGGUCAGGAACUAAAAUUGUUGGAAAGGUUCAUGAGAAGUUCACACUGAUUGAUGGCAUUCGAGUAGCUACAGGCUCUUACAGUUUUACCUGGACAGAUGGCAAACUGAACAGCAGCAACUUGGUCAUUCUCUCUGGCCAAGUGGUAGAACACUUCGACCUGGAGUUCCGAAUCCUGUAUGCAAAUUCCAAGCCCAUCAGCACCAAACUUCUGUCCAGCUUCCGCUUCAGUGGCAAGUUUGACCACCUCGUGGAUCAGAAGCUGCUGUCCCGAGAGCCCACCCUGGGCAACCUGCUGCGCUUGCGGCUGGCCAGGCUGUCUAGCACACCCAGGAAGGCUGAAGAAGGUGCAUCCCCAGAGGCCAGGCGCCGCUUCUCUGAGGCCUCCACCAUUGGCGAUGAUGAAGACUACCUCUGUAGCCACCAGGCUGAGCCUGUGGGUAGGAAGGUGGCCAGUGCAGCAACGCAGACCGAGCCCAUCGCUCAGCUGCUGGCCACUGUUCGUGAUGCUGCCACGCAGAGCUGUCCUGACACCAUGUGUGCUGGCACUCAGGCCACCGUCAGCACACGACCAGCUGGCUCCCAGACUGCGCUGUGGUCCCGGUCGGCCAGCACCCAGACUGCCACCGCUGAGGAUGAACUCCCUUCUCCUGCCCCAUCCAAAGAAGGGUCCCCAGUGUCCCGGAUAUCUGUGUCCCAGUCCUCCAGUUUGAAGUCCUCCUCCUCUCUCUCCUCCCAAGGCUCUGUGGCUAGCUCCUUUGGCUCACAGACUUCCCUCCGCACCACAGACUUUAUUACUCCAGGACUCCCCAAGUUCUGGAGCAGCCCCAACCUGGACUUGUGCUUCAGAGAUUCGUUCCGAAACCUGAACAAAGAGCGGCAGCUCCACUUCGCUAAUCUCAGAUCCAGGCUCAAUCACAUGCUGGCCCUGCUAUCUAGGAGAGCCUUCUUCACUGAUAACUACUUAGAUCUGCAUUCUGGGAACAUCCCCCGGGCAAUCAACUUGCUGACAAUUCGUGAUAUCCCUCUGUAUCCAUCAUACCACUGACUCCCCCAGCCCCAGCCAGCCUGUCCUCAUGGUAGGCUUUCACUGACUGUUACCUUUCAUUCCUUUGAAUUCUGAAAACUUCACAUAAUCUUGCAUGCUUUUAUUUUAUCUCUAUCACAUGUCAUCCACCUCUAAGUUUUAUGGUUUAAACACUACAGAUAUGAUAUCUUUGCACACUUUUACUUUUGAUACCUCUUAACAAGCACAUUAGGACAUUCGCAAGUUAAUUCAAAUAAGAAAUAAAUUAUUU